CAUGUAGAGUCUUUGGAGACUGCGGGUUUUCUUUGACGCAUCAGCUGGGCUUGUCUGACAAAAUGACGGCCGCAGAGGCAACCAUUCCCGAGCUGCUCGAGGAGCAAGCGGACUCGGUCCCGAGUCCAGAGUAUUGAUUAUCAUGACCGGAGGGACGAUCUGCAUGAAACAGUCGCCCUCAGGGUUUGUGCCAGCCCGGGGAUUCCAGGAACAGUGCCUGGCCCGCGUGCCUACUUUCAACGAUGGCUCCUCCUCCACUAUGAUGGAUGUUGUGGUCAAUGCAGCGGGAGAGAUCAGACCGCAUCCGAGUCUACGAACGCCGCAGACACUGUACGGCCGCCGGGUGAGAUAUACAGUGUUUGAGUUCGAGGAGCUCCUGGAUAGCAGCUCCAUCGACGCCAAGGGUUGGACCGAGAUCGCGCGGACGAUCGAGCGGAACUACACACUCUUCGAUGCCUUUGUCGUGCUCCACGGCACCGACAGCUUAGCAUAUACGUGCUCCGCGCUGAGCUUCAUGCUCCAGAAUCUCGGCAAGACGGUCGUUCUUACGGGAGCACAGGCCCCGAUGCUGGAGCUACAGAAUGACGCUACGGAUAACCUCCUGGGUUCUUUGGUUGUGGCGGGCCAUUUCGUGAUCCCGGAGGUGUGUCUGUAUUUCAACAACAAGCUCUUCAGGGGCAACCGAUCGUGUAAGGUGGCGGCCAGUGACUUUGCGGCAUUCGACUCGCCCAACUGCCCGCCGCUGGCGGUGACGACGUCGAUGCGCACCAACGUCAACUGGGAGCUUGUGAACCGGCCAAAGAAUAUCGAACACUUCAGCAUUCAGACAAAUCUGGAUACCACGCACGUCGCGUGUCUUCGUAUCUUCCCUGGCAUCAAGCCGGAGAUGGUGGACGCCGUGCUGAAGCUUGAAGGACUCCGAGGAUUAGUGCUGGAGACGUUUGGCGCUGGAAACGCACCUCACGGCCAAGACAAUGCCAUGACCAACGUCCUCGCCGAUGCAAUCAAGCGGGGGAUCGUCAUUGUCAACGUCACUCAAUGCCUGACCGGCAGCGUGAGCCCCGUCUAUGCGCCCGGAAUGAGUCUCUCCCGCGCAGGCGUCGUUGCAGGUCUCGAUAUGACGACAGAAGCCGCUCUGACCAAGAUGUCCUACCUUCUGGCUCUUCCGGAUUCCACACCCGAGUCUGUGGCCAAGGCCAUGUCGGUCUCGCUUCGCGGAGAGUUGACUGAAGCGUCGCAGCCGAUGUUCCGCCACCCUGACGGUGCACUUCCGGAGCGGGUGCAAACGCUCACCAUGCUGGGAUACGCGAUCGCGCAGGGAGAUUUCGAACGCGUGGUAGAGAUCUUCAAGAUCGAGCAUCACUGGAUCUUGAACGACGCAGAUUAUUCCGGAAACACUCCAAUCGUACGCAACCCUCUAUUCCUGGGUCUUCGGAGAACAAGCUAACGUGUGAAUCGCAGCAUCUUGCCGCAGCCUCUCCGUCCGUCGAGAUUCUCCGCUUCCUUCUGCUGCAGGGAGGGUCAGUGCAUAUUCGAAACCGCAACGGGCGCACACCUCUGUUCCUCGCCGCCAAUGCAGGGCUAUCGGAGCAUGUCCUCUUGCUGCGCAAGUCAGGCGCGCAUCUGCAUUCUGAUGAACGACAAGCGGCGGAACUCCUUGCACGGCGCAGGCCCGCCGUUUGGGGUCUAGCCGGUAUUGG